AAUGUAUGCUUAAUCAUGACUUCUUUUCUUUUUAGGAAAAACGCAAAUGCUGCUAUGCUCAGUAACUAUGAGGUGUUCAAACUCCUGACAGACCUGAAGGAACAGAGGAAGGACAGCGGGAAGAACAAAAACAGUGCCGGCCAGCAGAACCUCAACACCAUCAUGUAUGAGACACUGAAGUACCUGUCAAAGACUCCCAGCAGCAGGCAGACUCCAGAGAUCGUCAGAGAGUUCCUGACCACCAUGAUGCCUCACAAACUCACAGUCAGGCAGAAAAACUGCAGCUAUUGA